CUCUACCUCCCCCCCCCCCCCCCGCGCAUCUCCUCUUUCUUCACACAAUCAAUCAGUCGCAAACCCAGCCUUUAUCUCAUAAAAGACGAGAGAGAAUGGAGACAAAGAUAAACAAAGAAAGAAAACAUUAAUUAUUUUAUUUUAUCUGAUACUAAUAGUAAUUUUUUCUUUAUAACAACAUAGAUUAUAGAAAUUCAUUUACAUAAAGUCAUACAGAAGUUGAAACCCAAUCAUAUAUACAGUGAACAAAUGAGAUUUCGAUUUUGAUUUUGACUUUUAUUAAUUUUAUUUGAUUUUGUUUUUGUUCUUAUUAUUUUUUUUUUUUGGAAUUGGUUAAAUUUGAAAUCUGCAUGAGCGAGACGGUGGGAGAGGAAUUGUUGUUGUUGAGAGGAUUUUGAUUGUUGGCACAACAUGUCUGCUAUAGUGUGCGGCAGCAAGAGAUCCAAUUUCUUCGAAGAUUUGCAGUCAUCACCAUCGUCGCCGUCGUCUUCGCCGCCGGUUUCUAAGAGGAUCCGUUGCUCUCCGUCUUCAUUCUCGCCGCCGCGAUCCUCCUCCUCAGCCGCUAAUUAUUUCUCUACUCCGUCCUCGGCGAUCGAUCAUCUGCUAUCGGUCUUCCCUGAUAUGGACAAACAGUUGCUUGAGAGAGCACUAGAAGAAUGUGGUGAUGAUCUGGAUUCUGCCAUCAAAAGACUAAAUGAGCUUCGCUUGGGGUCUGCUGAGAAUCUGGGGCCCCUCACAGGAAGAUCUGAUGCUACCCAGGAGAUCGGCAGCCAGAUCUUAACUCAAGGUAAUGGUGGGCCCAUACCUACAGAAGAUUCAUCGGCAGCAAAAGAACUGCACAUGGAGAGUACAGAAUGGGUGGAGCUGUUUGUUAGAGAGAUGAUGAGUGCCUCAAAUAUAGAUGAUGCUAAAGUCCGUGCUUCACGAGCUCUUGAAGUCUUGGAGAAGUCUAUUUGUGCCCGCGCAAAAGAGGCAACAGCUCGCGAUGUCCAGCAGGAAAACAACAUGCUCAAGCAGCAGGUAGAAGCUCUUAUUCAAGAGAAUUCUAUUUUGAAGCGAGCAUUUGCUAUUCAACGUGAGCAUCAGAAGGAGUUUGAGGAUAGAGGGCAUGAGGUGAAUCAGCUGAAGCAGUUGGUGGCUCAGUACCAGGAGCAGCUGAGAACGCUUGAGGUUAAUAACUAUGCGCUGUCGAUGCAUCUCAAGCAGGCGCAACAAAGCAACUCUAUCCCCGGGCGCUUCCAUCCGGACGUCUUUUAAUGUGUAUUAUGUCCUUACUUAUAAUGGAUAGGAUAGCAAUAGUCAUGUCCUACCAUCGCUAUAGGCAGCACAUGAUUCUGGGGGAUGAUACUAAGCCAGAAUCUGUGUUUGCCUGGUUGAAGCCACCUGGUGCUGUUAUAAGCCCAAGGGCAGCUGUAGUAUCAAGUAAAUUAUAGACAUGGUUUUACUUGCUUUUCUGUUGGUACUUCUAGUUAGACUAGAAGUUUAUACUAUUCUGGUCUUUUGUUAAUGAUAACAAACUAUUUGAAACACAAUUGGCAUGCUUUUAGGAUUAAGUUCAAUUCGAUACUCACUCUGUUCUAUAGGUGCUUA